GACCGAUGUCGUGGCGCCCCCGAACAGGGACGAGAAUCUGGUGCAGGACGUGCAGGAGAUGAUAAAUCUUACACGGCGAACGGAGCAAAGAGUGCGUGGGCUGCAGGGAACGGUCAAGCACAAGCAGGCCCUCUGGGCCAAGUAUGUGGAGGACAUGAAGCACUCGUUCAUCCAGCAGUUCUCACGCCACCAGCGAGACAUGGAGAAGCUACAAGCGGAUCUGGAUGCGGCCCUCUCCGCUCAAGAGGAGUCGCGAGCCCAUCUCCGCAUGGCUGCUUUGGGCGAGCAGGACGAGAGACGCCCGGGGAACCACGAGGCGGAGUGGAAUGCCAUGGUGGAACGAUGGAGAGCGGAGCAGCGCGAAGAGGAGACCUCCGAUGCUGUGCUAAGAAGGGCUUUGGCCGCCAGUGUGGGAACUGGCUCGGCCCCUCCAGCCACCCCGCCUCGGCGGGUCACGGCAGCGCCUGCGAUGACGCCUCCAGCAUUUCCGAGUGGUCGACGAGAGGGUGCCACCCCCCCAGGACUGAGCCUCCCUCCGGAUCCCUAUCAAGUUUCGCCCAGCCGACCGCUUACUACGGAGGCAUGUGCAGCGGAUCCCCUCCUUUCUGCGGGCUUGGCAGACGUCUUCGGCAGCUUGGACAAGAUGCAACGACCCAAGCUUGGUGCUUGCCGCAAGUCGAUCAAGGAAGCAAUGGCCUCGGCUCUUCCGGAGUCGGGACUCAACGCAGCCAUUACGGAAGCUGUGGGGGCUGUGGAGACCUCCGUACCGGCUCCGGUGGAAGCGGAUACCGGCCAGCCCCUGGAUGCGCCUGUCAGACCCGUGCCCAUCUUUGCCGACGACGACUCGGAAGAGGACAGGAUGUCUGGAGUGAUACCAGGCUACUAUGUGGAGUAA